GUCCGGUUUUACCUCUUUGCUUUCUUUAUUCCACCCUGCCUCCCCGUUUCUUUCUCUGUUUAAACCGCCUUAGCCUGCCGUAUGUGUGUAUUUAUUUAUUUAUGCAUUCUGUUUGAAAGUAUUUAGGUUUUUACAUUUUAGUCGUUCCUCAAAUGAGAAGACGUAAAAGAUGGAGCUUCAUAUUUUAGAGCACAGCCUGAAAGUGGCGAGUAUAGAGAAAGAGGGGAUCCAGAUUUGCACUCACGGAUUAAUAAAACUCGCCUUCUUGGCCUCCAAAACAAGAUGCAAGUUUUUCAGUCUGACUGAGACUCCGGAGGACUACACCAUCAUCGUGGACGAGGAAGGCUUUAAAGAGCUGCCGCAGUCGGAGCACAUCAGCGUCGCGGACGCCACGUGGUUGGCCCUCAACGUGGUUUCAGGGGGCGGCAACGCUUCCAGUUCGCAACCCAUCGGAGUUACCAAAAUCGCAAAGUCGGUCAUCGCACCACUGGCCGACCACAACAUCUCCGUUUUUAUGCUUUCGACUUAUCAGACGGACUUCAUUUUGGUUCGAGAGCGAGACCUGCCGAUGGUCAUGCACACGCUGUCUUCCGAGUUCACGUUGCUUCGAGUGGUCAACGGGGAAACGGUUGCUGCUCACCACCUGGGGGUCACCAACGGCUUCGUCAAGCCAAAGCUCGUGCCGCGGCCAGUCAUCCACCCUCUCUCCAGUCCCAGUAACAUGUUCUGUGUGACCAGUCUGGACCCGGACACUCUGCCGUCUGUAGCCACGCUGCUCAUGGACGUCAUGUUUUACUCUGGAGGGCCAAAAGAGUCAGGUGCGUCAGGCGACGACGCCAGCCACAUCCGCUUCUUCUCCUUCUCCCUGAUCGAAGGCUACAUCUCUCUGGUGAUGGACGAACAGACGGCUCAGAGGUUUCCAAACAACGUUCUUUUCACCAGCGCCUCUGGUGAGCUUUGGAAGAUGGUUCGUAUCGGGGGACAACCAUUGGGAUUCGACGAGUGUGGCAUCGUGGCUCAGAUAUCAGAACCUCUGGCAACGGCUGACAUUCCAGCUUACUACAUUAGUACCUUCAAGUUUGACCAUGCCCUGGUUCCGGAGGAAAACAUCCAAAGCGUGAUCGGAGCUCUGCGGACCAAGAGCACCGCCCAGUGAAGGCCGCUGGAAGAACCCACGAACGACCAUUUUCAAAGUCAUUUCGUUCAAACGUUUAUCAUGUCCAAAAAGUGCCAAGAGCUUGUUAGCGGACCGCUGUAAAUCAGCUCUGAGAGGGAGGAGCGCUGCGGCGCGUCGGCGCAGGAUUCACACGCACGCGUUCCCGGGCUUCAGCGCUCUCAUUUCUCGUUGAAGAGCGGCGACGCCUCGUGUUGCCGAAGCGACUACGACGGUCUGCCGAUUUGCUUCACCAGCAAGGCUUGCGAGGGAAAGUUGAGAAUAUUUAAACGCUUCAACCAAUCAAAUCAUCUGACUCGACUUGAGGCGUCGUUACAAUCCCAAAUGCCAGCAUAGACGCCCAGCAUCCGUGUGAAUCCUGCUUUUGGAAUGUUUUUGUUACGCACCGUCUCCCUCGAUGGUCCCUCGCCGCCCCGC